AGCGUCGUGACGUCACUCCCAAGCGACGAGAAACGAUGGGUCAAAGCCAGAGUGGCGGCCACGGUCCAGGGGGAGGCAAGAAGGACGACAAGGAUAAGAAAAAGAAGUAUGAGCCCCCAAUUCCCACCAGAGUUGGGAAGAAAAAGAAGAAGACAAAAGGACCAGAUGCUGCCAGUAAACUCCCGUUGGUCACCCCUCAUACUCAGUGCCGCCUGAAGCUGCUGAAGCAGGAGCGGAUUAAGGACUACCUCCUAAUGGAGGAGGAGUUCAUCAGAAACCAGGAACAGAUGAAACCACUGGAAGAAAAACAGGAGGAGGAGAGGUCCAAGGUGGAUGACCUGCGAGGGACCCCCAUGUCUGUGGGCACUCUGGAAGAGAUCAUUGAUGACAAUCAUGCCAUUGUGUCCACCUCAGUUGGCUCAGAGCAUUACGUCAGCAUCUUGUCCUUCGUAGAUAAAGAUUUGCUGGAGCCAGGCUGCUCAGUCCUGCUCAACCAUAAGGUUCAUGCUGUGAUUGGGGUGCUGAUGGAUGACACUGAUCCUUUGGUGACUGUGAUGAAAGUGGAGAAAGCCCCUCAAGAGACCUAUGCUGACAUCGGGGGACUGGACAAUCAGAUCCAGGAGAUCAAGGAGUCAGUGGAGCUGCCGCUCACACAUCCAGAGUAUUAUGAAGAAAUGGGCAUCAAGCCCCCCAAAGGUGUCAUCCUCUAUGGACCACCUGGCACGGGUAAGACACUGCUGGCCAAGGCUGUAGCCAAUCAGACAUCUGCCACCUUCCUGCGUGUGGUGGGCUCCGAGCUCAUCCAGAAGUACUUGGGAGACGGGCCCAAGCUGGUACGAGAGCUAUUCAGGGUGGCGGAAGAACACGCGCCUUCCAUCGUCUUCAUCGAUGAGAUCGACGCCAUCGGGACCAAAAGGUAUGACUCUAAUUCUGGUGGUGAGAGGGAGAUCCAGAGGACCAUGCUGGAGCUACUCAACCAGCUGGACGGCUUCGACUCGAGGGGUGACGUCAAAGUUAUCAUGGCCACCAAUCGGAUAGAAACUCUGGAUCCAGCCCUCAUCAGACCUGGGAGAAUCGACCGAAAAAUUGAGUUUCCUCUGCCAGACGAGAAGACCAAAAGAAGGAUCUUCCAGAUUCAUACGAGCCGCAUGACAGUAGCUGACGAUGUCACCCUCGACGACCUCAUUCUGGCGAAAGACGAUCUAUCGGGGGCAGACAUUAAGGCCAUCUGCACAGAGGCAGGCCUUAUGGCGCUGCGGGAACGCCGCAUGAAGGUCACCAAUGAGGACUUCAAGAAGUCCAAGGAAAACGUCUUGUACAAGAAGCAGGAAGGCACACCGGAGGGGCUUUACCUCUAACCUCCAAACCUUUCCGUUUCUUCCCACCCCGCCUUUAUACAUCGUCGCCGUGUGAAAGAGAGGGGGCAUCAACUGAGUUGUUCAUCUCCCCAGAGAGAGUUUUGUUAUAUUUUGUGCAUGUCAUGUCUUACUUAUCUCUGCUCUUUUUAGGUUACAUGAUUAAGAUAUUACUAAAAAAAAUAAACUGAAUAUCUUUAAACCCA